AUGACCCAUCCGACUUCAACCUCUUCCGCCCCGGGCUCGUCAUCUAGCACGGGCUCCACGAUCAGCCCAACGACCUCGAUCCCGCUAACCCCGUGCAAGGCCUUGUUCGUCGCUGAUCUUUCCGAUGCUGGGAACAACAAUAUGCCUUCACAACCUACGGUGAUCAAGGCUUCCGUACAGAAGCUGUUCGAGAAGGCCACAAAUAACCAGUUAGACAUGUCGAUCGCAUUCUGGAGAUACAGUAGUGGAAUGGGCGCCGACGGGCCAAUGCCUACCACCUUCGUGAAAGAUAACGCCAGUGUGAACCCGAACUUUGAUAAUCCAGGAGGAGAUCUGAAUAUCGUCAACGCGACAGUUUCUUUGAAUGCAUGGACGAUUGGGGAUGCUUUUAUUGUACUGUUUACGGGCAGCACUCAGAAUGAGGUGACUUUGGCGGGACAGACCUACUCGAAACGAGCGAUGACCAUAGGAGUGUCUUCACCAGAUGAAUACCUGGAUAUCUCGCCAAUCGCUGUUUUCUCCUUGCCUCUCGAUUCUGCUUCCAUCGUGCAAAUGGUUACUGGGCUUUGUCAAAAGCACCCUAGCGUCUCUUCAACACCUGGUCUGACUACUGGGAGUACCCCAAGCAUGAAGUCGAGCUCGUCAGCUGGCCCUACACCUGGGUCUUCCGAGGCUCCAGCCAGUUCUAGCCCCCUGCCGACGACAUCUAGUAUUCCAACAAUGACAUCUACAGCAACCGAAUCCCAUACAUCAACUAAUGCUCAAACAAGUUUCCAGACGUCAUCACCGCAGAGUUCAAGCACUUCACCGGUGCCUAGCUCGAUAGGGCCAAGCACCGGAAAGGCGGCGACCCGUUCAAGCGGCUCGACGGUUACUGUGGUCUCGUCUACAAUUCCGGCUUCAACAGUCUUCCCCAAUGGCUCGAGUACAUCUUUCGGCACCUCCGGAGCUUCAACGAGCACGCCUCAAGAGCCAUCAACCGCUUCUCAAGCUACUAUUAGCGACUCGACUGUAACGACGGGAUCCACUACGCCGCAGUCUCCCGAGUCCUCAAUGGCUUCUCAAGCUACUGGUAGUUACUCCACUGUAGCCUCGGGAUCAAGUACGUCCCCCCACAUCCUCUACUUCUUUGUCUUCGACGUCAGGAUCAAGUUCGGGCACUUCGGGGUCUACACAAGUCCCGACGAAUUCGGCGAGUACAAGUACCGAACCUAUCGGAUCGACAACUUCAUCAGUCUCCGGAUCUUCAACCCCUAUACAGAACCAGGAUUAUCCUCAUCCACCACAGCUUGGACCUCGACGCCCGGAUCCGGAAAUUCAACGAGUUCUGGGACCAGCCAGGCGAGCACAGCCGCCACAUAUCCUAGUACGGGCUCUACGGCCUGGACGACUACUGCUGAGCUGUCGACUGCCCGAUCAUCAGGUCCUCAAAGAAUAAAAUGCACCGCGCUCUUCUAUAUCGAUGCUUCUAAUGCAGCAACGGCUCUCAAUGCUACCUCGCCCGAAAAAGAUUUUAUCCUCAAUAUUGGUGAAAUAUUGUAUGCAGAUGGCUCCAUCGAACUACACGCGGCUCUUGCCGCCUAUGGAGAUGAUGACUUUGACCAGAAACCGGAUGUGGACACUACCGAUGGAGACCUAUUAAAAUUAACUGCUGACCUGGAUCACGCAAUUGCCUAUUUGAACAAGAUUAGUGAGAAGUUGGCGAAUGUGGUCGUAGUCCUGUUUACUGCGAGCAAUCAGGAUAUCAUUGACAGUGCGACUGGCUCCAAUUCACAUGCCUCGUGGACGAUAGGGCUGGCUUUGUCCGGACAAAACUUGACCGGAAUUGCGGUCGAGAUGGAAUUACUACAACUGCAGCGUCAGGAACUGGCUCGACCUAGUCCGUUCUUAAUGUGGCUUACAAAUACAAAUUCUGUGUUUUCCUACAAGCGAGAGGCUCCACGCCGCUCAACCCAAUGGUCUCCAAAAACAGGUCGUGGCGACGAGGAAUCUGACGGUCCUCUGCCGACCACAUUCGCUUAUGAUCUCCAAAGUGUUGUGAUAAAUUUCGGGUUGCAAGGAGGUAAUCUGGACAUUGAAUACGCCACGAAAAAGUUAUCAAGCUGGCAAGUGGAGGACGCUAUAAUCGUUCUCUUUACCGGAAGUGAUCCAAGUAAAUUCGCCCCAGCUGGUCGUGAUUAUACCAGAAAAGUGUGGACCGUUGGGGUUGCUGCUGGUGUCGAUACAAGCCCUUUUGCGGCUCGAUCAAUCAUUUACAUGCAACCAUUGGCCAUCUUUGAUGCCGUUGUUGACCUUUGCCAAAGCGGAACAACGACGACAAGUUUCCCAGAAACAACUGCAACUGCUGAGAUAUCCACUUCGACCUCGACAUCUCCGCCAGAACGAACAAAAUGCGUUGCGUUGUUUUACAUUGAUGCCUCCACAGCAACCAUAGCUCUCAAUGCUACCUCGCCAGAAAAAGCUUUUAUCCUCAGUAUUGGUGAAGCAUUGUAUCCAGAUGGCUCGAUCGAACUUAUCGCGGCUCUUGCCGCCUAUGGAGAUGAUGACUUUGACCAGAAACCGGACGUGGACACUACCGAUGUAGACCUAGUAAAUUUAACUGCUGACCUGGAUCAGUAUAGAUUCGAAGCUCCAAACGAUGACAAUGUUAAAAAUGCAAUCCGCUAUCUCAAUCAAAUCGAAGCCAAGCUAAACAACAUUGUCGUGGUCCUAAUGACAGCAAGUAACCAAGAUAUCAUCGACAGUGCGUCUGGCUCCAAUCAACAUGCCUCGUGGACGAUAGGGCUGGCUUUAUCCGGACAAAACUUGACUGGAAUUGCGGUGGAGAGCGCUGAUUUGACAAUGAAAGAUCAGACGGCUUCUCUGCUGAAAACGAUCGCAACGAGCGCUUUAUCGAAAUGGGUAAUUCAAGAUGCCGUAAUUGUACUGUUUACGGGCAGUGAUCCCAGCAAAUUCGCUGCAGCCGGCGAACAUUAUAACCGACGAUGGUCAACGGUUGGUGUGACUGUGGGCGCCGAUGCAAGUCCCUUUGCCGUCUUAUCGAUUCCAUACAUGCAACCGCUGGCGAUUUUUCAAUCGGUUAUUGAACUAUGCCAGCAAAAAGAUCAAUCAACAACGACAUCUGCGCCGACAACAGAAUUUGAUACUUCUACUGUCACCCAAUCGUCUUCUAUUCUCACAACCGCCACAUCGACACCACCUACUGCGACAUCUACAAAUCAAUUGACGUCGUCUGAGCCAGACCCAGCAUCGACGCCAGCGAACUCAAGUUCAACAAAGAGUCCGGGGACGUCUUUUCCACUAAAGCAAUGCAAGGUUCUCUUCGUUGCGGAUCUUUCGGACGCUGGCAUUGCAAACCUGCCCAUGCAAAAACCCGUAAUUGUUGCCUCCAUGCAAAGGUUAUUACAAACUGCCGCAACUAAUCAGCUGGACAUGUCGAUCGCGUACUGGAGGUAUAGUAGCGGGCCCGAUAUCGAUGGUCUAAUACCAAACACCUUUGCCAAGGAUCUAUUUGAUGUUGGCUACAACUUUGACAAUAUCGGAGGCGAUCUCAAUAUUGUAAACGCUACUAAUUCUCUAAAUGCAUGGCCGGUCGAUGAUGCUUUUAUUGUCCUAUUUACGGGCAGUUCCCAAAAGCAAGUCGAUUUGGCCGGGACAACUUAUUUGAAGAGAAACAUGACUAUAGGAGUCUCUUUCGCAGACGUGGACACGUCACCGUUCGCUUCCGUCUCUUUGCUUAUGGACUCUACAAUUUUGGUCGAAACCGUCAUGCAGUUUUGCCAAUCGAGC